GCAGGGACCACUUGGGUGGCUGGCUUCUCAGCUGCACUUGUGCCGGCCAGCCUCACAGUCACUCUGCCCUUCUGUUUAAAAGAGGUGGCUCAUUACUUUUGUGACCUGGCCCCACUAAUGCGAUUGGCGUGUGUGGACACAAGCUGGCAUACUCAGGUCCAUGGGGCAAUAAUUGGUGUGGCCACUGGGUGCAACUUUGUGCUCAUUUUAGGACUCUAUGGGGGUAUCCUGAGAGCCAUGCUGAAGCUGCCCUCAGCUGCCAGCCGUGCCAAGGCCUUCUCUACCUGUUCCUCCCACAUAACUGUAGUGGCACUCUUUUACGCUUCUGCCUUCACAGUGUAUGUGGGGCCACCUAGGAGUCGCCCUGAAGGCACAGACAAACAUAUUGCUUUGGUAUAUGCCCUUCUUACUCCUUUCCUCAAUCCUAUCAUCUAUACCCUUCGCAACAGGGAGGUGAAGGAGGCCAUGAAGAGGAUCACUGUCAGGAUCAGGACUAUUUUGAAGGAAUGCUGA